AUGUCUCCACCGAACUCAGAUCGAAGUCAAAAUAAAUACAGAUUCUACGCACCAUUUCUUGAUGGCUUUCGUGGUGUAGCAGCCUUAGGUGUCGUAUAUGCCCACUCCCAGGUUCAUUAUGAUCAACGUUUGGCCGUUAGAAUAUUCGAUUCUAUGGGAGCUUAUGGUGUAUAUAUGUUUUUUGUGCUUUCCGCUUUUUUACUUACUUUUCGGACGCUGUUGGAUUGGGAACGGUAUCAUGAAAAGCAAGAAGAGAAUAAUGUUGUAAAUAAAGUUGAAUAUUUAAAGAGUUGUGUUGAUCUCGAAAAUAACUUGUCAGUCGUUCCACUCUUAUCAUUAACAGUUUCUGAUAAUACCACUAACAUGCCCUCAUUAGAAGAGAAACAACAUAAUACAUUCUGUUAUUAUAUCCAAAAUAAAAUAUGGCCAAAAUUUGAAAUUCCAAUAAAAUUUUGGCUAAAAUACUUUCUUCGUCGAUUUAUGCGUAUAUAUCCACCGUAUGUGAUUCUUUUACCAUUUAUUGCAUAUAAUGAAUUUGUGAGAGGAGCGUUUAAAUAUACCAUAGGUCCUUCGGAUUUGAUUCCGCAUCUGUUUUUGCAAUCUGCAAAAUUUAAUUUUUGGACCAUUCCUGUAGAAAUAACGUAUUAUUUUUGCAUACCAAUAAUUAUCAUCGGUUAUGUAGAGUUUGCUCGCUUUGGUGCUUUCCUUACAAACCGUUACUUUAGAAAACCUGCAAUUGGUGCAUGGAUAUGUAGAAUAAUUUUCAAUGUUAUUAUUGUAACUAAGCGAACAGAUUUUUUACUUGCACCCCAUAACAUUUACGACGAAGACUUUCAAAACAACGUUCAAGUCUUUUUAGCAGGAUCAAUAUGCGCAAUUUGGUAUAGAGAAAUAAUUCGUCUUGGAUUGUUACCAUUGAGUUUGGAAGAAGAGAGGACUCAGCUCAACAAUUCUAAUAAUUAUAAUAUAUCUAGAUUUAUAAAAUCAAGUUUUGCUAAAUUUAUUGUUAGCAAAUUACCGAGUCGACAUCAAUUUGCUAGAUGUUUUUUUGACUGUGGAUGUUAUUUCGUAUUUCUUUUGAAGUAUUGUACAUUGCCUCAUCCGGCGGAUAUAGUUUUCGGCUUGCCUCGUUCUAAUUAUGAAAUGAUACUAGAAAGAAAUGUAUUUGGCGGUUCGCUUGACGCAAUUCUAAUUCUUUUUUGCCUCCUUUCUCGCAAUGGCACGUUUGUAAAUACAGCUUCAUGGAAUUUUUUCCGUUUUUGUGGAAAAAUUUCAUUUAGCUUGUAUUUAUUGCAUCCAAUUUCGAUGACAUUUGUGAACGAAUAUAUUCCCUCCAUUGGAGUGAAUGAGAGAGGAAAUGAGUCAGACGAGGAAUAUAAAGCUAGUUUGAUAUUUGAUGCGAUAAUUAUGUCAUACGUGUUAACGAUUAUUUUAUCAUGGCUCUAUUAUAAAUUUGUUGAAAGGCCUUCUUUAAAUUUAGCUAACUAUAUUGUGAAGAGGUGGUUAGAUGAGACAAAGCCUGAGAUAAAGUCUGAUGUUAAAGAAAAUUAA